UGAGGAGGUAAGAGGGACGUGGGGACGGCGCCAUUAUAUAGUGAGGUCCAGGACUUGGCGCCAAGUGAAUUUUCGCCGACAAUGCCAGGGGUGGGAUGGAGCUUAGGGUUUCGGGUUUAUGAAGGGAGGGGCACGAAUUGUCACUCGGUUUUUGUGAGACCGGAUAGAAUGUGCCGGGUUAUCGUCACCCAAUCAUGGAAGAAAAAGAAAAAAAGAAGUACUUGGAUGGAAAAGGUGUGGAUUUUUUUUCUCUCCUGGUGGAAAUGUUGAGGAACUCGCCCGGUUCGUGUGUUAGCCGGUAAGCGGUGGUCGCAUCGUGGGGGCUUUUUCGUGCUCUUCUACACUUUCAGUUUCCGUCAACGCCGCAGAGUGGGGGAUUCUCCCAAUACCAGUGUGUAUAUUACCUGCUCGUAUCAUACAUACACGAGCGUAAGCUCACUCCGAACGCACCCGGCGCAAUGCAAUUAUCACAGUGCGAGUGACAACCCAUGAAAACAGCAUUUCUACUCGCGUGGCGGCGACUCCGAUUCGUGCGUACUUGUACUGUACUCGAGUACGAUACAGCAUUUUCCUUUUCUAUCCGGUCGAUGAACUGGCGCAUGUGGCGAACCACGAAUAAAAUUCCAACUUGGCCAGAAUUGCGAAGCGUGUGCUACAGUACCUGUCAUAUCUCCUUCCACCCGGGAUUAGUUUUUGGCUUGGGACAACUGGUUGGCGGGGUUGGGAAUGAGGUCCGACAACGAAGCUUCGGGGGGCGAUCUUGUACCGUGUCAGGAAACGCUAGUUCUUCUUUGGAACUUGUGUUCCUUGAUUCAGAGAUUAAAGUCUACGCGAGAUGUUGAUGUGAUCAGGAGCCAAUCGGAGUGCUCUGGGCUCGCCUCACUUGCACUCGACUUCGUGCACGGGUACUGAACGAGUACGAUCAUGUUGUGGUACUGAAUGUUACCGUGCUUAAUAACUACUCGAGUAGGGUAAUGCUCGAGUUACUCGUACAGUAUCGGGCUCGCUUGUUCGCUCGCUAGAUACAGUAAUCCGAGCACUAGCGCUUUUAUUCUUUCUUUCCAAUUAUUAUUCCCUCGCUCUUUGCACGAGCUCUUGGAUGGCUAAGUGAGCUUGCAGACGCCCACUGCAUCUCGUGAGGACGUUGGAGUUGCCCCUCCUGGCACGGUCUGUUGCAUUAUGGUACUUGAGUGUUUUCUUUUUAUGAUACACGAGCAUGAUACAAGUACUCAUACUUGUCUCAACCGAGGCAUGACUGAAAAUGAGUCCUUUUCGCUUGCCUUUUCUCUCCCCCCUUGGUCCGAAGGGGGAAAUUUUGGACGUCCUACGAGUAGCGUCGUCCUCAAUUGUUCCAGUUUUCUGUCCCUCCUACCAGUACCGUCACUCGAGUAUUCCUCUUGUCUUGUCCCAACUGUGGUUUCCCGUGUUUUUCCUCUCGCGUAGCCGAGGAUGGGGGGGGGGAGAACUCGAACAUCUUUGGCAUUUCUACCCUGUCCCAGUGUUCGAGGACCGGCACGGAGUUUUCGGAAUCGUGACUAGACAUUCGUUAGACCAUGAUAUCUGAUGCAUGCAUAGGUGGCACUUUGUCCUCUGCGACGCUCUUCGAACUGUAGCCGGUGGACUGGAGAGAGAUGGGCGUUGCGUCAUUGGUUUCAGGUAGCGAGUUGUUUUUUUUCCUUUUUUUUUUGUGUGGUACGGGGGGUAACUGUAGGGAGACUACUCGAGCGAGCAGCAGGAGAGCUCUUCACCAUGAGAAGCCAACAAUCCACCAAUCAUAAUU